AUGGUAUUUGCAGUCUCCAAAAUGGCAGACGUGUCCCUUGGUGAUUAUGUAUCCAGUUGGACUACUAACUUGAACAGAAAUGAUGCCGGCUUCAUGGUCGACCAAGAAGUCUUCGACUUCUGCAAGACGGUUUUGGUCGGAUCGAUCAGAUGGCAUGAGCGAAUAGAAAAGCGACACAUCCUUGUGCCUCAAGGCAAAGAGGAUCAAGUUGGCUUAAGUCUGAACUGUUUUCACAUGAUUCUUCCAGUAGAUGGUAGAAGUCGAGAGACCGAUGAAGGAGGCGAGAAGAAGAAGGAGAAUAGUUGGUGA